CUAUAUUCUACAAUAUUAAUGUAUUUUUGUAUUUUAAAAUGCAAUAUAAACAUGAAGUUUCGAAUGAAAAAUUCAUGUCUUUAAAAAUCUAAAUCCUAUACCAACAGCAUUAAAAGUUAAGGUUCAACCAUUUUCAAUCGCAUUUUUUUUAUGCCAAAAAGUAUAAAAUACACUUAAAGUAUAGAAAUAAAUAUAUUCUAAUAAUGUUCGACGUGGUGUGCACUACAGUGAAUGGUGGAAUUCCCAUAUUUUACCGAAAAAAUAGUAAAAUGGAUUCAGUACCAUUUACUACAUUUUCAACACUGAAUGCUGUUAUAACAUUUGCAGAUGUACAAAAUGUACAAUUUAAAACUAUUCAUACAGAUAAACAUUCUUUUAUUUGGCAUGCCAUUGGAGAUAGUUUAAUUAUGGCAGGCAUUGGUGAUUUGAAAGAUUCUACUAUAAAAACUGGUCUAGAACUGAUAUCAAAUUUAAUAAAAAUGAUUAUUGGGGAUGAAAACAUUUACAAUAAAAAUGCAGAUAGAAUAAAACGGGAAAUAAAACCUUGUUUACCUAUUAUUGAUUAUAUAUUAAGGAGUCUUACAUCAAUAACAAUAGAAACAAACUUAAUAAACAUAAUUGAAACACAGUCUAUGAAGGAUAAUAAAGCAAUAAAUAAUUGUUUAUGCAAUUGGUCUGAAUCAAUCUGUAGUGAUCUUUGUUGGGUUAUUGUGGAUAAGAAAUUGUGCGCAGCAACAAAAGAUUGGUGGGAAUUACAUAUAAGCGAUAGAAAAUUAUUAAUAACAAUUAUUUUAGCUAAUUGUUAUGACCAAAUUUCAUCGGCUGAUAUUCCAAUUUUCCUACCUCAUUCAAGUACCAAGGUUCUUUUAAGGCUAGUAUGUUGCAUGGUAGUACAGGGUGUUUGGACAGCAGCUAUUUGUGGACCUACUCCAAAUCUCGAUGAUGUUGAAAUGAGUGCUGCUAAAAGUUUUAGAACAGUUAUCAAUUAUUUUCGACCUAACUGUACUAAAUUUGAAUUAACGUCUGGAUAUAUCAUAGURAACACAAACUUGUUUAAGUUUAUGCAAAAUUAUUACUCAAAUACUGAUGUGCAACGUGGAAUCGUACAGUUUUAUAAUAAAAUUGCAUCUCGUCUAAUGAACGAUGAUGUAAUGGGAAGUGAAGUCUCGUGUAUGGGGAAAAAUUAUAACUAUUAUGCUAUAAAUUUAAAUGGUAUCACAUUAUGUUUAGCAUAUCCAAGUAAACAUAAUAUGGUAACAAUCAAAUACUAUGCRAAGCAAACAUUUCAGCAACUUUUAUCUGAUAUCAACGCUUAAAUAAGUAUGAUUAUAUAUAUGUAUAUGUAUUAUACAUGGUACAUUCCACAAACUUUAUUGUUCAAUUUUAACAAGUUUAAUC